AUGCCCUCGGCUCUUUCUGACCGUUACCUCAAAACCACCGCCUCCUCGCUAUCACAGAGUUCCCUUGCUAUGCUCAAACGACCCAGACCGCACUCUCCCCUUCUUUUGACUUCAAAUUUCCCGAUGACUGGCUCUCUUGACGUGAUCCUACCAACCGCAAAACGUCGACGACUUCUCCCUGAUUCAUCAGACCACACUUCGCAACCGACCCGACCAGGUUAUGAUUGCGACGACGACGAAGAGGAUUUUGAUGAGCUAGAACAAGAUGUCUCUAAUUCAGCCACUGUCGACUCCCCUUACAAGGAUACUAACAGCUUUCUCUACGAGUUACACACCUUGCACCGACAUCGACAACUCUUCAGCCAGCAACUCUUACACGAGGCACAACCUUCUCAGAGGAUGGCACAUUUGCUACAAUACACUCGUGGAGAUAACGAAUUCCCCUCGCAGUCUGUGGCCGCCGCGUCACCACUCGGUCCCACUGUCUACCCAUCGGGAAGUUUUAAGCUGCCACUGGAAACCUCAGGGAGUAAUGUUCUCUUCGAGGUCGAAGCAGUGAAAGCGAGAUAUGAAGAAACCAACAGAUUACUUGGCUCCUUGUUUCUAUCAAGAAGACAGGAAUUGACGGACGACGACAAGGAAAGGCCUCAUCGAUGAUCAAAAGAUAGUCGCCCGAAUUGAGACUAGGAAGACGUUCACUUUGGUUGUUAUCUUCAUCUCUUCAUUGCAUACGUCGUUACUCGACACCUAUACUCAUCUUUCGUGCAUCUGUAUUUUACUCAACAGCAUCUUACCAUUUCUCAAUCCCUGCCAACGAUAUCAUUGAUGGCGUGCAUUGCUGGUACUUAUUUAUCUGAACGGCCCAUCUCAUCUCAGAUAAUAGACAUACGGCAUGGACUCAUUAUCCCGCAGUUCCUGAGAUUCCUGCCUUAAUGAACAUAAUCAAAUCUAAGGAACGUUCAAGUGGAUAUGCUGUUUGAAUGCGUUGCUCAACUCUUCAUUCAAAAGCCGCCCUAGUGACCGUUUGUCUCUGGAAUAUGUCCAUUUAUCUCCUUCUUGCGAAUAAUC